UCUCCUGAAUUGAAAUUCCGCUCUAACCUCCAGUAAAUCCUAACACUUUCACCUGAGUGGCCAGAAGAUAACUUGCCACGUUUUUUCAAAGGUUUUCAGGGAUGAGCUCUUAACCCUUUGGGGAAGGACCUUCGGGCAAGGUUACAAACGGAACUGCAAAGUUCAUCUCCCCGCCCUCCUUGGUCAGACAAGUCCACGGAGGUGGUAGCAGAACGGAACGACGGCUGUAACUGAUCAUCUAAAGUAACUAACGGUCUGCGAACAAAUUCUUCCUCUCUGUUUCAGCUUUGAACACUUCGCCACACACCAACCCUCAGUGCAGCGAAAAUCAUGGUGUUUAUUUAGAUAACGACUGAGUACUUAUAAAACUUAAACUUUCAAAUGUAAGAGUGAACUCCUUGGUAAGGACUCCUGGCUACAUCAACAAAGCAAUGUAAUGCCUGAUUAAUAGUGCUGAUUAAUGUUGGCUCAGGUUAAUGCUGAGCCCAUUACAAUAAUUAGAUGGUUCAGCCAUGUAUCAAACGAGAGUCAAUGAAAAAUUAUUUAGGACUUUGAGACGUUCUCAUACAUCUUCCAAAGAUCUAUGAUGGACUUUAUGGGUCAUUUGUAACUAUCACUGGUUGAUAGCUGUCCUGAGCAACAAAAACUUGACUUAAAAAUAAGUCGUAGGUGGGGUAACAGUGUAUUUUUGAGCCUCUGUAAUUGAUAAGGGGAGUAAUGAAACGUUUGGAAACGUGAAAACUGCUUGAUCCAUAAUAUGAUAUACACAAGGGCAGCUGAUGAUUGUUCCUACAUAAAGCCAUUGAUUUUUGAUCCUCAGUUCUUGUCAAGUGAUCAUUUUAAUCAGGAAGCUAAAAUUUUGAGGCAAGGUCCCCACUUUGAAAUAGAAGUGUUUUAGGAAAUGCAAAAGUCCAAAAGGUAUGGCUAUGUAUGAAUUCCACAAACUAUUAGGAUUUUCCCACUAGCCAAAAUAAAAUCAGCUGGUGACAAAGAUAAGUGUACUUAAAAUACCAUCGUAUUUGAAAUAUUUCCACUACCUUGUCACCUGAAAAGGAAAAUUGGGCUGAACAGAACUUGAAUCUUCUUUUUAAAAAUUAUUUCGUUUCUUCUCACCAGUACCUAUUGGAAAUAUUUAGUGGAUUAAAAAAAUUUUUUUUUCUAAAGCUGGUGUGAAAGUCUUUAUCAUUGUAGUUUCUAUUAUUAAGCCUGGCUGAGUAGAGAUAUGUGUACACGUUUAGUAAUUUAUUUCGAGAUUACUGUGGAGUGUUGAUUAGAACGUUCCUCUUACUGAUAACUAUAGAAUCCCUUACCCCAUUAUGAAAGAACUUUUAAAAGUCGUUCCUAGAUGCAUUUUUCUGGUGUGUAUUUGGGUUUUCACUAAAAAUUUCUAUUCCUUCUCUGCAUUCAAUGGUUACCUUCUUUAUUUCCAUGAAAUUUGUCAGAUCCUCUCAUUAGAGCAGCUUAGUUUAGCUGUCAAGUUUCUAGGGCAUUCAGUUGCAGAUAAGUGACUAAAACGCCAGCUUAACAGCAUUUUUAUUAACAGAUGGUGGAAAACAAACGUCUUUGGAGAAGAACCGAAGGGGACAGGUUAAAAGGUCAAUAAACAAUUAUUACUGUGCUUAAACUGGGGGGGUUUCUCAUCAGAUUCGGUGGGGAGCCGCUCGCCCUAUCUGGGGGAUAUGGAACAACGCAGCAGACCUCAGGGCCGUUCCCUGGGGACCACCUCAGACGACGGGGUGGUUAUCUCCUGGCUGGACGGCUCCGAUAGGCCAUCGAGUGGUCAAACCGUCGCGUCCCGGGAGUGCUGCUGAGGUUUGGGUUGAAGGCUAAUUGAAGAGGAGACUGGGAACUCUUAACUCGUGCAUCGUCCCUUGGUCAGACCACCGCGGGCCUGCGCGUACUUCAGGUCUCAGCCCCUUUGGUAACGAAUGAUGGGGUCCUAUCUCCUCCCCCCUCUUCUCAGUUGCUGCUCCCUCCUCUGGGUGAACUUUGUCUCCCGAGCGGGGCUGCUUUCCUAGGCUUCCUUUCCCUUGCCUCGGUAGCGCUCUGACGUGCACACCAUGUGACAGGCCUCCUUCUGCUAUAAGCAGAGGAAAGGUCCGCCCUCUCCUGGACUCAGCCCUCUCCUCGCCGAUCUCUGUCCCUAGACUCUCAACCGUCCCGCAUCCUCCCGGCCGCCCGACGCUCUGACUUGCUCGCCCGGGAGCCCCAGCACCCCCUCCUCGACUGAGCCGGCGAGGACCGCUGGGAGGGAGGAAGAUAAAGCCCCCCGCUCGGGCGGGGUGCGCGCGGAGCCAAACAAGCGCGGAGGUUUUGGGGCUACCGCGGCGGCGCAGGAGUUACAAAGUCGCAGCGCAAGCCUCGGGCACCGCUGCGCAGCCCGAGCAGCGGCGGCGCCCCCCAUUGUGGCGCCCCCAGGCCAGGCCAGCCGCCCGAGACCUGGGCUGGGGCGCGGCGGGAGCCCGGAGCCCGGCGCCCCUAUGGGCCACCUCGCCGCCGCCGCGCCACAGCUAUGACCCUGAGCACGGAGAUGUCCGAUGCCUCCGGCCUCGCCGAGGAGACAGACAUCGACGUGGUGGGGGAGGGCGAGGACGAAGACGACGAGGAAGAGGAGGACGACGACGAGGGCGGCGGUGGCGUGUCCCGGCUGGCUGUCCCCGCGCAGCGGCGGCGACGGCGGCGUUUGUACGCCGGGGAAGACGAGCUAGAGGACCUGGAGGAGGAGGACGACGAUGAUGACAUCCUGCUGGCCCCGCGGACAGGGGGCUCGCCGGCGCCCCCGGGCCCAGCCCCGGUGGCAGGGGCCGGGACCGGCUGCGGCGGCAGCGCGGGCGCGGGCGGCGGCGUGGGCGGCGGCGUGAGCGCGGGCGGCGGCGUCAAGAACCCCCUGGUGAAGCCGCCCUACUCGUACAUCGCGCUCAUCACCAUGGCCAUCCUGCAGAGCCCCAAGAAACGGCUGACGCUGAGCGAGAUCUGCGAGUUCAUCAGCGGCCGCUUCCCCUACUACCGGGAGAAGUUCCCCGCCUGGCAGAACAGCAUCCGCCACAACCUCUCGCUCAACGACUGCUUCGUCAAGAUCCCCCGCGAGCCCGGCAACCCCGGCAAAGGCAACUACUGGACGCUCGACCCCGAGUCCGCCGACAUGUUCGACAACGGCAGCUUCCUGCGCCGGAGGAAGCGCUUCAAGAGGCAGCCGCUGCUCCCCCCCAACGCCGCCGCCGCAGCCGAGUCGCUGCUGCUGCGCAGCGCGGGGGGCGCGGGGAGCGCUGGGGACCCAGCCGCCGCGCUCUUCCCGCCGGCGCCCCCGCCGCCCCCGCACGCUUACGGCUACGGCCCCUACGGCUGCGGCUACGGCCUGCAGCUGCCGCCCUACGCGCCGCCCUCGGCCCUUUUCGCCGCGGCUGCCGCCGCCGCAGCCGCCUUCCACCCGCACUCGCCCCCGCCGCCCCCGCCGCCUCACGGCGCGGCCGCGGAGCUGGCCCGGACCGCCUUCGGCUACCGGCCUCACCCGCUCGGCGCCACCCUGCCCGGCCCCCUGCAGGCCUCGGCGGCCAAGGCGGGCGGCCCGGGCGCCUCGGCGCUGGCGCGCUCCCCCUUCUCCAUCGAGAGCAUCAUCGGGGGCAGCCUGGGCCCCGCCGCCGCUGCUGCCGCCGCCGCGCAGGCCGCCGUCGCCGUGCAGGCCUCGCCCUCCCCCUCUCCCGGGACACCGUCCGCGCCCGGGUGCGGCGGCGGCAGCGGCGGCAGCGGCGGCGGCGGCUGCGCGGCUCAGGCGGCCGUGGGACCGGCCGCCGCGCUCACCCGUUCACUCGUGGCCGCCGCGGCCGCCGCCGCCUCCUCCGUCUCCUCGUCCGCCGCCCUGGGGACUCUGCACCAAGGGACUGCCCUGUCCAGUGUCGAGAACUUUACUGCUAGGAUCUCAAAUUGUUAAUAACGCUAUGUUAGCGCGCUUGAGAAAGAGAAGGUAGGAAUCCCGGCUCCUUUUUUCAUCUGGGUGGUUUUGUGUUUUGUUCCCUCCUCCCGGCGCGGCCCUUCCCGACCUCGCGCCCCCAUUCCACCGCUUUGGUUUCUCAGAUGAGACUGUCUGGCAACUGCUAGGGCGCGCUUUUCUGCUCUGCAGGUCCCUCUUAUUUAUGCAAAGUCGCCCUAUGCUGCAGCCCCUCAACCUAGGGCGGGGAGGAAGAGGGUGCUGGUGGGGAUCCGCCCUGUCUAGGCACAAGGGGCUUCCUUGACUUUGGGAAAAUGUUUAAAACCUAAGCCUUUUUGAGGUCUAGAGAGUCUCAGGUCCAGGCGUUAAAAGGAAAAAAAAAAAAAAGGAUCGAUAAUGUUCAAAAGAAGAUUAAUACAAAAAAUAGUAAAAGUCCCGAAGAAUGCCAGAGAAGCAAUAGUUUUUAUUUGAGAACACUUGUCUGGUGUACUUUUUCAUGAAAAGAAAAAAAUGAUUAACAUGUUUACAUAAGGAAAAAAGUCAGAAUUAUCAUUUCUUAUUUUAACCUGUGUUUUGUAUCAUAAUAGACAUGAGGAAUUUUUAUUUUGUACUUACUGCGUAUUCUUUGCAAGGAGUAUUGUAAAUUUUGACUGGCAAUUAUUAUUGUACUAUUCUAAUGUAAGAUUUUUACACUUUUUUAGAAAUAAAUGCUUAAUUUUCAAAGAAAAUUCUCAAAAAGAAUCGGCUUCAGUCAUCCCCUUCUUAGUUUAUUGUCUUUUCCGCUAAAAAAGUUUCCUUGUGAGAUAAGUAGGAACCCAUUAUGAAAUAGAAAAAUAAUAUUUUCAA